AUGAACCUCCUGAAUGAGGAGCCUCCGGCCAAGAACCGCCGCCUCAGCAGCCCUGAGCUCCCUCAGCACGACCUGCCGCCGCCGCCGCAGCUCCUGCAGCUGCCGCUGCCUCCUCCUCAGCAGCGACCGAGGCUCCGGGAGGAAACCGAGGCGGCACAGGUGCUGGCUGACAUGAGGGGGGGGAGACUGGGCCCCGCUCUGCCCCCGCCACCACCCUUUGUCAUUCUGGAGGAGGGGGGGAUCCGCGCUUACUUUACCCUGGGUGCUGGGUGUCCCGGCUGGGAGCCUGCGAUCGAGUCAGGGUAUGGGGGGACGCCUUCUCCCACGGGAGGCCUGGAAACCCUCUCUACUUCCGCGGCUUCUGGGGGAAGCCUAGAAAUCGGUUUUCAGGUCACCGGGCCCAGCAGCUUUGCUGGGGAAAAGGCCCGAAAAACCUGUAGAGCAAGGAGGCGGCGGUCCCAGAGGUUAGCUGGUCCAAAGAAGAAGGAAGACGCUGUCAUCGUAGUGGAAGAUAAGUAUGAAAGGGAAGAAGAGAAGAGGAGGCAGAGGAAGAUGAAGAUGAAGAAGGAAAGCAAAGAGAGGAAUGCUGAAAGGAUGGAAGCGCUGGAGAAUAUUCAACUGGACCUGGAGGCAGUGAACAUAAAGGCAGGCAAGGCCUUCCUCCGUCUCAAGCGCAGAUUCAUCCAGAUGCGAAGGCCCUUCCUGGAGCGCAGAGACCUCAUCAUCCGGCAUAUCCCAGGCUUCUGGGUCAAAGCAUUCCUCAACCACCCCAAAAUUUCAAUCUUGAUCAGCCAACGUGAUGAAGACAUUUUUCGCUACUUGACCAAUCUGCAGGUGCAGGAUCUCAGACAUAUCUCCAUGGGCUACAAAAUGAAGUUGUACUUCCAGACAAAUCCCUACUUCACAAACAUGGUGAUUGUCAAGGAAUUCCAGCAUAACUGCUCAGGCCAACUGGUGUCUCACUCAACCCCAAUCCGCUGGCAUCGGGGCCAGGAACCCCAGACCCACAGGCACAAGAACCAGAACAUCAGCCGCAGCUUCUUCAACUGGUUCUCAAGCUACAGCUUCCCAGAGGCUGACAUGAUUGCUGAGAUUAUCAAGAAUGACCUGUGGGUUAAUCCUCUACGCUACUACAUGAUGGGAGAAGGGGGCUACAGGGCAAACGGAAAGAAGCAAAAGGAGGAAAGUAAUACCAAGGACGAAUACGAGGUGAUGAUCCUGGAAGACUCUGAUGAUGAGCAUCAAGCAAUGAAAGACAUAAUCAGCGAGACCUCAGACAGUGAUGCAACUACUGACAUCAGUGAAAGUCUUUGUGACAAUGACACUACUGAUAACAAUGAGAGCAGCUGUGAUGACACUAAUGGUAACAACAACAAAACUCCCGAUGGUGAUGAUGAGAACCUUGAAAGUGGCAACCAGAGCAACAAUAGCAACAUCCAGGGCAGCAGUGAUAGUGACAAUGAAGAAGAUACUGAAGACAGUGAUGAUGAAGAUAAUGAUGGCAAUGAAGGUGACAAUGAGAGUAGUGAUGAUGGCAAUGAAGGUGACAAUGAGGGCAGUGAUGAUGAUGAUGAAGACAUUGAGGGCUAUGAGAAUGGCAUUGAAGACCCUGACAAGGAUCAUGAUAACAGCAGCAACCAGAAGGACUAUGAGGAUGAUGAGGUAGAGGACAUCUCAGAAGAAGAAUCAGAGGAAGAAGAUGACAAGGGCAAUGAAGAAGGUGAGCUAAAUCCCUCUGCUUCCCCUCCUUUCUUAGAGAAAGGUAGUGAGCAAGAAGGGGAGGACAGCGAUGAUGAGGCAGGAGACGAAGACUCCAACAUGGGAGAGAUGCUUCAGACCCAAAACUUUUGGGCCCACCUGGGGAAGUAG